AUGCCACAAAAGCUAGUCAUCAUUGGUGCUGGAUUUGGUGGUGUAUGGAGCGCGCUAUCAGCCAAGCGUCUUCUGGGUCUCGCCAACAAGCAGAAUGAGAUCGAGGUCGUCGUCGUUGCCCCCAAACCAACCUUGGUGAUGCGCCCUCGACUCUACGAGUCCAACGCCUCCAGUCUGGUUCACCAUCUCGAUGUGCUAUUUGAAGAAGCCGGCAUCAAGUUUAUCUCCGGUAUUGCGCAUGCCAUCCACACCGAAGAGCACACCGUCGAUAUCAAGUCUGCUUCUGGUCUCGAAACAACAGUCAACUACGACCGCCUCAUUAUUGCCGCUGGAAGCUCUGUUAAUCGACCCCAAGCAAUCAAAGGUAUUCAAGAGCAUUCCUUUGAUGUCGAUUCUCUCGAAGGAGCUGUCAAGCUGGAGGCACACCUUGAGGGCCUUGGCGCACAGGGCGCAAGCCCAGGCCGCGAUACCGUUGUCGUGUGCGGCGCUGGUUUCACAGGCAUUGAAAUCGCCGCGGAGCUACCUCGACGACUUGCUCACAUUCCCAAUGCACGCGUCAUCCUGGUCGGAAACGCGAAUGAGGUUGGCCCCGAUUUUGGAACUGAGCCGCGUCCCGCAAUCGCGUCGGCUCUGGCAGAUCUCGGCGUUGAAUUCAAGCUCGGAUCUGGAGUCGCCGCAGUUGAUUCAUACGGUAUUACUCUCGCAAAUGGUGAGCGUCUCGAAACAAAGACAGCUAUCUGGACUGCUGGAGUGAAAGCUACACCCCUGACAGCACAGAUUCCUGGCCAAAAGGAUGCUAUGGCGCGUCUCUAUGUCGAUCAGCAUCUCCGCGUCUCGUCUGCAGAUGGCGUUUUUGCUACAGGCGACGCCGCCUGUGCCAUUGCCGAUGGCAAAAGCCAAUAUGCUUUGAUGUGUUGUCAACACGCCAUUCAGCUCGGCCGGGUGUCAGGUCACAAUGCUGCUGCUGCGCUCCUGGGUGAGCCUCUCAUCGACUAUUCACAGGCUGCAUACAAUUGCUGCCUUGAUCUUGGGGCCUGGGGUGCGCUGGUUGCCAGUGGCUGGGAUAGAGAAACCAUCAAGCUUUCUGGGGAUACUGCGAAGCGAGUGAAGUGCUACAUCAACCAAAAGUUGAUUUAUCCUCCCGACAACGCUCAGGAAGCUCUCGACUCGGCUGAUCCUGUUGGUUUUGACUCUGAUCAGCUCUUCGAACAGCUAACUCAGAUUGCUGGAUAA